AUGUCAGGGGAUGAGGAGUUCUACCUGUUUAAGAACAUCUCGCCAGUGGGCCCGUGGGAUGGUCCCCAGUACCACAUUGCUCCGGCCUGGGCCUUCCGCUUGCAGACAGCUUUCAUGGGCUUUGUCUUCUUCGUAGGGACGCCCCUCAACGGCGUGGUGCUCAUCGCCACACUUCGCUACAAGAAGCUGCGCCAGCCGCUCAACUACAUCCUGGUCAACAUCUCUUUGGCCGGUUUCAUCUUCUGCGUCUUCUCCGUCUUCACAGUCUUCGUGUCUAGCUCCCAAGGCUACUUCGUCUUCGGCCGCCAUGUCUGUGCGAUGGAGGGCUUCCUGGGCUCUGUGGCAGGUUUGGUGACGGGCUGGUCAUUGGCCUUCCUUGCCUUUGAGCGCUUCAUUGUCAUCUGUAAACCUUUUGGCAACUUCCGCUUCAAUUCCAAGCACGCAACAAUGGUGGUCCUGGCUACCUGGGUCAUCGGCAUUGGGGUUUCCAUCCCACCCUUCUUUGGCUGGAGCCGGUAUAUUCCCGAAGGCCUGCAGUGCUCCUGUGGCCCUGACUGGUACACAGUGGGCACAAAAUACCGCAGCGAAUACUAUACUUGGUUCCUCUUCAUUUUCUGUUUCAUUGUGCCUCUCUCCCUCAUCUGCUUCUCCUACUCCCAGCUGCUGGGAGCCCUCCGAGCCGUUGCAGCCCAGCAACAAGAGUCAGCCACCACGCAGAAGGCAGAGCGGGAGGUGAGUCGCAUGGUAGUGGUGAUGGUGGGCUCCUUCUGCCUCUGCUACGUGCCCUACGCCGCCCUGGCCAUGUACAUGGUCAACAAUAGGAACCACGGGCUGGACCUACGGCUUGUCACCAUCCCUGCCUUCUUCUCUAAGAGUGCUUGCGUCUACAACCCCAUCAUCUACUGCUUCAUGAACAAGCAGUUCCAUGCCUGCAUCAUGGAGAUGAUAUGUAAAAAGCCAAUGACAGAUGAUUCUGAAACAACCAGCUCUCAGAAAACCGAAGUCUCCACUGUUUCCUCCAGCCAAGUUGGGCCUAGUUAA